CCCUCGCUUGCCAUCUCGCCUGCACGCCGACCUCCGACACACAUUCAGUGGAUCACUGCGCUAUCGCGGCCGCAGCCCUUGCACGAUACUCGUGGCACGGCCUGAGAAAGAGCUUGGACAACCUGCAUUUCGCUUUCGUGUGGACAAGUGACAGAACGCCUGCGCCGAAGCGCCGGACUGUUGGAUUGGAGUGUCGUCUUCCUCGGUGUGGGACUGACUUCCGUGUCGCAUGGAUAAGAGGUAUGAGGAGCUGGUGCAGUACCCAGGGUCCGAGGGCAUGCCAGUGGGAGGAUAUGAAGAGGCGAUGAGGUCACUUCCACCUCCCCACUACAGCCACACCAUCCCUGACUCCCUCAAACAUCACCGAGACCAGAUCUAUGGCCACCCUCUUUUCCCGUUGUUGGCAUUGGUGUUUGAGAAGUGUGAGCUGGCCACCUGUUCACCGCGGGACUCCUCCUCACUCUCAGUCCCGCCCCAUCUCUCUGGCCUGGCCAAUCACAGCGACGUCUGCUCAUCAGAGUCCUUCAAUGAUGACAUUGCCGCAUUCGCUAAACAGAUUCGUUCAGAGAAGCCAAUAUUCUCAUCAAAUCCUGAACUGGAUAGCCUGAUGAUCCAGGCCAUUCAGGUGCUGCGCUUCCACUUGCUGGAGCUGGAGAAGGUGCAUGAACUCUGUGAUAACUUCUGCCAUCGCUACAUCACCUGUCUGAAGGGCAAGAUGCCCACUGAUUUGGUGCUGGAGGACCGUGAGGGAGGGUCCAAGUCUGACAUGGAGGAUUUUACUGGCUCGUGCACGAGUCUGUCAGAGCAGAAUCAGUCGUGGCUGAGGGACCCAGAUGACUGUGUGUCCACUCCCUCAGGUACUCCCAGCAUCUCCUGUGGCUUAGCCUCCCACAGCACUGACAACUGCAGUGAUGCAGGCGAUGGUCUGGACGGUGGGAUGGCCUCGCCCAGCACCGGAGAGGAGGAUGAGACGGACCGAGAGCGCAGGAACAGCAACAAGAAGAGAGGCAUCUUCCCCAAAGUGGCCACCAACAUCAUGAGAGCGUGGCUCUUCCAGCAUCUCUCGCAUCCAUACCCAUCAGAGGAACAGAAGAAGCAGCUAGCACAAGACACUGGCCUCACCAUCCUCCAGGUCAACAACUGGUUUAUCAACGCCAGACGCAGAAUUGUCCAGCCCAUGAUUGAUCAGUCAAAUCGCUCAGGUCAAGGUACUCCAUACAGCCCAGAGGGGGCAGCACUAGGGGGAUACCGACUGGAUGAGCAAGCGCACCUGAGUCUUCGGGCUGCAGGUCUUCAGGGAAUGCCGUCUCUGGCUGCGGACUAUCCCGGGGCUCUGCUGUCUCAGCCGGGCUACUCCCACGCCGCCCCCUCGCUGCACCCUUACCCCGGCCCCCACCCGGCCAUGCUGCUGCACCCCCCACCCCACCCCCACGCCCACGCCCACCCCCACCCGGCCGAGCCUCUCCUAGGACAAAGCCUGGACAUUCACGCCCACUAACCGGCCCAAGAGGAGUGGGGUGGAGGUGAGGAAGCUGUUCCCCUCCGUGUGGUGGACACACACUGACCGCCUCCAGCCUCCACCCUCGUGUCCAGCAUGCAGGCCCAGUGACGGAGCUGCUGUCUGCAGCAGCACCAGUGAUGGUGUGGGCUUCACCGCUGCGUCUAAUGGACUUACUCAACACCGAUGCUGCUGACUGCACCCACAACACACACAUGCCUGCUGCCUAUGCUCUUAGCCACGGGAUGCCCACUGCAUUGUGCCCAUACAACAGUAUCUCCACUGUGCCCCCUGACAGAAAGGGGCAUUCAUGCCCGUCUCAAUCUGCCCACCAUCCGUCAGGUGUCGGUGUUUGGUGGCAGCCUCUCUCGCUGCUACUGAGAGCUUCCCAUCGCGCAGCACGGAGGAGGCAGCUCAGUCCCAGCGUCAUCACCCUGCUGUCAGCCCAUAUCCUUACCUACUGUAUCCUCGCUGCUCAACAGCGUUUCACAAACGUUGACUUGAAUUUCACUUGAGUUCAGACACACAUAUGCACACACACACACACACACGCACACACGCACACACACACACACACACACACACACACGCACACGUCUUCCUAUGGCCUUGAGGCUUGAUCCAAAGCCUCCGCAGUUGUGUAGUGCUUCCCCGGACACGUCCCCCUCUCUGUGGCCUCACCAUAAGGCCUUGCCCUCUCACGUGUGAGUUCACCAGCAUUGGAGCUCCAUGGACACACAAGAGACUGCUUGUCACUGUCCCCUCUCCAGUUUGAAACUAAAAGUGCUGUGCUCACCCCGUGUAGCUCUGAAACCAAUGGGAGGAUUUCUCCUGACAAGCUUCAAAGACGGCAGAGCAUUGUGAGGUGAAGUAGGGGGCUCUCUACCGGGUCUAGGUCUUCCAACCUGAGGUUACAGUUUUUUCUGUCUAUGGUCUUACUUGUUGCUAUCACUGACCCCCAGCUUACCUUAUUUAAUUGAACUUCAAAUGUUGUUCUGUUUUGUUGAAUUUAUUUUUGUAUUUAUGUAAUUCAAUUAAUUAUAAAAAUCUGGGGUACCACAUGUCAAGAUAUCGUCCUGAUUUUUUUGGGAGUUGAUUGUGUUAUUUUCUAUAAAUGCUUACCUCUGUGACAUCCUGCUAAACCCAAUGCAGGGUCCUCCAUGCCAUGUGCAUCUCCAUGUCUUUAUCCCUCUCUCUCAUGUUGUGUCAAAUAUACACACAAAUGAAGCAUUUAGCUACAUGUUGAACUGUGAGACUGGCCAUCUGUAGAGCUUGUUUAAAAUGGGUGUAAGAUGUGUGUAAGAAUGUGUGUGUGUGUGUGUGUGCGUGAGAGAGAGCGAGAGAGAGAGAGAGAGAGAGAGAGAGAGAGAGAAAGGCGCUUUUGAACACUCCUGGCUGGUAGAGUUAUUCCCUUCCUGUUCUUCCUAUUUGAAGAGCCUCAUGUACUGAUGGUAAUUAAUAUGGUUCUUCUGGUGAUACUGAUGAUGAUAUUGAUGAUGUUAAUAAUUAUGAUAAUGAUGCUAACAA